CUCUGUGACAUUACCUCUCAACUGCUUUCCUCCAUUUGCAUCAUUCAUUUAUACACUUUCUGGGAUUGGCUUAAAUCUUUCAUCUUCCUCCUUUCUACGCUUUUUGCUUUCAUUUGAAGCAAUCCCAGUUCGGAUUCACCAAAACAAUAAACUCCCUUUGAUUGACUUGGAUUGUAGUUGGUUUUUUUUUUUUUUUUUUUUUUCAAAUCCCCCCAAAAACAUGAUUGGAUGCCAAUUUUCCAGCUUCUGAAUUGAAAAGAAGAAGAAGUAGAAGAAACCCCAUCUUUCAGAUUGUUUGGUUUCGAUGCUCAUACGGUUUACAUGUUACUUCAUUGAAACUUGAGUUGAAUUUCAAUUUUUUUUUUGCCAGUCUUUGGAUUCUGGGUUUUCAAAAUUCUGGCUCACAGAGUUCUGUGUUUUCACUAACUUCAACUAAGAUUUGCAAGUGACUUGUAGCUCAAGUGGUCGAGAGUGUUUACCCUUCCUCGCGAGGUCUUGUGUAAAAAAAUCCUGCUAGAUUGAAGAUAUUUGACCCACUUGCCGAUUGCCAAUCCUGAUUGAAUAUUUCUGGUUUAGAGUUUGUGAAUUAUGGAUGGUUCUCAGGGUGGUUCUGGUGGUGCGCCGGCGCCGUUUCUUACUAAAACAUAUGACUUGGUGGAUGAUCCUUCGUCCAACCACAUGGUGUCUUGGAGUGAAACUGGUUCUAGUUUUGUAGUUUGGGAUCCCACCGACUUCGCCAAGGAAAUGCUUCCCAUGUAUUUCAAGCACAACAAUUUUUCGAGUUUCGUGAGGCAGCUUAAUACAUAUGGGUUUAGAAAGAUUGAUCCAGAACAGUGGGAGUUUGCAAAUGAGGAAUUCUUAAGGGGAGGAAGACAUCUGCUGAAGAAUAUUCACCGCCGCAAGCCAAUUCAUAGUCAUUCCUUGCAGAAUCACGAGUAUUCUUCAGUUCCUUUGACUGAUACGGAGAGAGAAGAAUAUGAGAAGAAAAUCAACAGACUGAAUCAUGAUAAAAGCUUGCUUGAGUUGGAGGUACAACGGCAUCAAAGAGAGAACCAGGAGUUUGAAUUUCAAAUACAGAUAUUACGAGAACAGCUGCAGAACAUGGAGAAUCGGCAGAGGCAAUAUACGGCUUUCCUGGCUCAACUAGUGCAGAAACCGGGAUUUGCUUCUGUACUUGUGCAGCAGUCAGAAAUCCAUAGCAAAAAGAGAAGAUUACUGAAAUCGAACGACUUUCCUGAUGACUUUGGUAUGGAAGAUUUGACUUUGAAUCCGCAGAAAGAAACUUUGGGAAUAAAGUUGGACCAGCUUGAGAAGAUGGAGUCUUCCUUGAACUUUUGGGAAGAUUUUCUACAUGGGGUUGGGGAAGCGAUGCCCGAAGAAGUAAAUGAUAUUGGCCCGUUGUCUCAGGCCUCUCCUAUCAUUGUUACAGAAAUACAAGACACCAGCAUGAAUAGCAGGCCUUGCUCACCUAGAUCGCAUAUAUCUUCACCGAAUUCAAUGAAUGCUCAUUCCUUCCCAGAGGUGGCUGGGUCUGCAAAUCUUUUUGACAUCCUUACUAUAACAUCAAUGUGCCACACUGUUGAUUUCAGGUCUAAAUCUUCAGCAAUUGAUAUGAACUCCAAGCCCGACAGUGCCCCUGCUCUUGAUUCCUCGAAAGAAAAUGUAGUAGAAGUGAAAAAUGCCGAGCCAGCCAAGGCAAAUGAUGUCUUUUGGGAACAAUGCCUAACUGAGACUCCUGGUUUAGAUGAUGCGCCGGAAGUACAGUCAGAAAGAAUGGAUAGCGAUGGCGAUGGCAAAGCGAGUGAUGUCAAUCCAGCUAUUCGGAAGAAGCUUUGGUGGAACACAGAUAAUGUAGAUAACUUUAGGAACCAAAUAGGGCGCCCCACUCCAGCUACAUAAUUUUAGUUAAAUUGUGAACACUUCGACGUUUUGAUGUUUAUAUUAUGUAUACUUUUAAACUUUGAAGGUGGAUUUACUUAGUCAUGUAUUUCUAGACAUUCCAAUUUUUGAGCUCAUUGUUGUGGAUUCUUUCUGCUGUAGCUUGGAAUUACAGACAUUGGUUAGUUUUUGUAUGUAAAUAAUAUCAGGUUUCAAGGAGUUUUAUAAUUUGAA